AGCCUUUGCUCUGUAUGGAGCAUGCAGCGCGAAUCUUCAGCAUUUUUGCAUCUGCCGUUUGGAUGGACCUCGGCGCUUUGCUGCUUCUUCUGUCUCUUCCGGUGAAUUGAAGUCUCCUCUUCGAUCUCUCCCAUUUUUCCUUUCUCUCCCUCCCCUUUUGUCUCUUUCUCUUAUUUUCUCAACCUCCCUCCUCUCCUCUGCCGCUCUCUUCGUCUUCCCUCCCUUGGUUCCCCCAUUGAACAGCGAUAUCUACAUAUACGCACCUCAUCUGCACAAUGGGAUCCAUAACCAAAGACUCAGACCCAAGAUCGGGCACAGGCACAGCUUUCGCGGACGUGGACGUGGCCAUUAUCGGUGCUGGCAUCUCUGGCAUCAACGCGGCAUAUCGUGUGCAGACCGAAUUACCAGACUACAGCUACACCAUCAUUGAGGCGCGCAGUGCCAUAGGAGGGACGUGGGAUUUCUUUCGUUACCCAGGUAUCAGAUCAGAUUCAGACUUGCACACCUUCGGAUUCCCUUGGCGUCCUUGGACCGCGCAGAAGUCAAUCGCGGACGGGGCCUCGAUUCGCAACUAUAUACGAGAAUGCGCCGAAGCUUAUGGCAUUGAUCGCAAGAUCCAAUUCCACCACAGACUCGUUGCAGCCGACUGGUCGUCGGAAAAUCAACAAUGGACGCUUUCGCUUGACACGGAUAAUGGAGAGAAGGUCUUGAGGGCACAAUUUGUGAUUUUGAGUACAGGAUACUACGAUUACAAAGAGCCUCUCAAAACCACCAUCCCUGGUAUCGAUAAUUUCAAAGGCCAAGUCGUCCACCCCCAAUUCUGGCCCGAAAAUCUCGACUUCACAGGCAAGAAGAUGGUAUUGGUUGGCAGUGGUGCCACCGCUGUAACUUUAUUGCCCUGCCUCGCCGAAAAAGCCUCCAAAGUAACAAUGCUCCAACGCAGCCCCAGUUACAUAUUGCCAUUGCCAUCGGUGGACCCAUCUGGCGAGUUGAUCCGCAGAUUUCUCCCUAAGUGGCUGGCCCUCAAAGUCAUACGCUGGAAAUCCCUCAUCUUACCUUACUUAUUCUAUAAAUUCUGCUGCAGGUUUCCAAGUGCUGCUCGCAGGAUCCUUAGAUCAGCCGUAGAAAAGCAGCUCCCGAAAAGCAUCCCUCAUGACCCGAAUUUCCGCCCAUCUUAUUCUCCAUGGGAACAGCGAUUGUGUGUCUGUCCUGAUGCCGAUUUUUACAAAUCUCUCCGUAAUGGCACUGCGGAUAUCGUGACGGACAAGAUCAAGGAGGUUACUGCGACGGGCAUUGAGACGGAGUCGGGAAAGAAGCUGGACGCGGAUAUCAUAGUCACAGCCACAGGCCUGAAAAUGCAGCUCGCGGGCGGCGCUGUAAUGAGCGUUGACUCCAAACCCGUUGUCCCAUCAGAGAAAUUCAUCUGGAAAGGCAUGAUGCUACAAGACGUCCCCAACGCCGCCUUCGUCAUAGGCUACACCAAUGCCUCCUGGACACUGGGCUCAGAUACCACCGCGCUACAUGUCUGCAGAUUACUGAAAUACAUGGACAAAAACGACAUGGCAUCAGCCACACCUCGAGUGAAGGAGGGAACGAUUAUGCCGUCGAAACCAUUGCUGAAUCUCAGUUCAACGUACAUUGAGAAGGCGAAGGAAAUGUUGCCGCGAACGUCCAACGUGGGGCCUUGGAAACCGAGAAAUAAUUACUUAAAGGAUACUUGGAUUGCGAGCUAUGGGUCACUCACGACGGACAUGCAAUUUACGAAGGCCGUAAAGAAAGUCAAUUGACGCCUUUUACCGGCAUAUCAGGGGUUGAUGUGAGGCAAUGUGUGAUGUCUAUAGGUUUUGGCUACGGUUCAUUGUAUUUGUCGGAUGGCGCUGAUUUGCUGGGGGUGGGGGCUUAGUUUUCAUGAUUAUUAUAUAGGUAGGAUCAGAGUCUAAGCAGGAUGCUGUUACUCGUUGUUGGGGGGAUUGGGAUAAUGCGUCGUAAUGAUAGGUAUGAUGUUGAUAAGUCUCAAACAAACCCACGUAUAUAAUAAGCCUUCCUUACUUUCCCUAAUCAGGCCUUCCC